AUGGAAGGCUCCAAUGGAUUUGGGAUAGACUCCAUCCUCUCGCACAGAGCAGGCAGCCCCGCCCUUCCCAAGGGGGACCCCCUGAUCGGGGACUGCCGCUCACCCCUGGAGCUGAGCCCCCGAUCGGAAGGCAGCAGCGGAUGCUCAUCUCCUGCUUCGCCAAGAAGGGACUGUCUGGAGACAGGAGCACCACGACCGGGCGGAGGGUCUGGCCAGGGUUUAGAUUCCCACCUGCAGCCCGGGCAGCUGUCAGCUCCGUCCCAAUCCCGCUCGGUGACCUCCUCCUUCCUGAUCAGGGACAUACUUGCCGACUGCAAACCGUUGGCAGCCUGCGCACCCUACUCCAGCAACGGGCAGCCCGCAGCCCAGGAGCCGGGGGGGCGCCUCUCGGCCAAGCCUGGAGAGGAGUUUAGAGACAAACUGGACAAAGGCGGCAGCAACUCUUCUUCUGAUUCAGAGUAUAAAGUGAAAGAAGAAGGCGACCGAGAAAUCUCCAGCUCCCGGGACAGUCCCCCUGUGCGCCUGAAGAAGCCUCGUAAAGCUCGCACUGCCUUUACGGACCAUCAGUUGGCGCAGCUGGAACGCAGCUUCGAGCGGCAGAAAUACUUGAGCGUGCAGGAUCGUAUGGAGCUGGCCGCCUCGCUCAACCUCACUGACACGCAGGUCAAGACCUGGUACCAGAAUCGCAGAACCAAAUGGAAGCGUCAGACCGCUGUGGGUUUGGAGCUGCUGGCAGAGGCAGGCAAUUACUCAGCGCUGCAACGGAUGUUCCCGUCGCCUUAUUUCUACCCGCAGAGCCUGGUUUCCAAUCUGGACCCUGGCGCAGCCCUCUACUUGUACCGGGGCCCCAGCGCUCCUCCGCCCGCACUUCAGAGACCUCUGGUGCCCCGCAUCCUUAUCCACGGACUCCAGGGAGCCAGCGAGCCACCCCCUCCCCUGCCCCCACUCGCGGGCGUUCUCCCGCGAGCCGCACAGCCCCGGUGA